UCCCAUUGUGUCAAAUACUAAAAAAAAAAAUUGCUUAGUCUUCAAUGGCUGCCUCUCAUUCUCAACCAAAUCCUUUAUUGCUGCUUCUAUUGGCUUCCCUUGUGCUUGCUUUUGCUGGAAAUUUUUACCAGGAUGUUGACAUCACAUGGGGAGAUGGGCGAGGUAAGAUAUUCAACAAUGGCAAUCUCAUUACACUUUCUCUCGACAAAGCCUCUGGCUCAGGUUUCCAAUCCAAGAAUCAGUAUCUCUUUGGCAAGUUCGACAUGCAACUCAAGCUUGUCCCUGGCAACUCUGCAGGGACUGUCACAACCUUCUACUUCCAUUCACAAGGGUCUUCUUGGGAUGAAAUAGACUUUGAGUUUUUGGGGAAUCUUAGUGGUGAUCCUUAUCUCCUCCAUACAAAUAUUUAUACUCAAGGUAAAGGCAACAGAGAGCAACAAUUCUACCUCUGGUUUGAUCCAACGGCUGAUUUUCAUACCUAUUCAAUCCUCUGGAAUCCAGGCCUUAUUGUAUUCUAUGUUGAUGGUAGACCAAUAAGAGAAUUCAAGAACAUGGAAUCAAUAGGUGUGCCCUACCCAAAAAGCCAACCAAUGAGGAUGUAUGCAAGUUUAUGGAAUGCAGAUGAUUGGGCCACAAGAGGAGGACUAGUGAAGACAGAUUGGACACAAGCACCCUUCACUGCCACCUUCAGAAACUUCAAAGCCAAUGCUUGCAUUUGGUCUAAUGGAGCAUCUUCUUGCAGCAACUCCACUAAUAACCAGUGGUUCUCACAGCAGCUUGAUUCUACAAGUCAAAAGCAGCUUCAAUGGGUUCAGAAAAAUUAUAUGGUGUAUAAUUACUGCACUGACACUAGGAGAUUCCCUCAGGGCCUUCCUCUGGAAUGCACUGUUGUAAAUAAGAAUUAGGAGUUUAAUUCUGUUCUAGAAACUUCCACUUUAUUCUAGGCUUUUAUAUUAAUUCUUUUAUCUGAUAAGAAAAGAUUGUACCAAUAAUGCAUUAAAAGGGAUUUUUCGUGCA